AUGGUCUUUGCUAUUAAUGAGAUCAAUGAGAACCCAGAACUUCUGCCAAACAUCACACUGGGCUUCCGUAUAUACGACUCCUGCUUUAGUGAGAUGCAGGCUGUUGAUGGAGCGCUACAGCUUCUGUCUGGGACUGAAAAGGCAAUUCCAAACUAUAUUUGCCAGACAGAAUCCAAGAUGGUGGGAUUAAUAGGAGAUCUUCAGUCUUCCAAUUCAGUUGCAGUCGCAAGAAUUUUGGGACUGUAUCAUUUUCCUCAGAUAAGCUAUGGGUCAGCAUUGGCCUAUCUAAGUGAUAAAAUCAGUUAUCCUUCUUUUCUGCGCACUGUUAUAAAUGAUAAGAUACAUGCUUUUUAUUUCAAUAUGCUGAUGAUCCAUUUUAACUGGACCUGGAUAGGAAUUCUGGCUGCUGAUAAUGAUUUUGACCUCUAUGACAGUGAGUUCUUGCGCAGAGACAUUGAGGCAGCUGGGAUUUGUGUGGCCUUUUUCAUGCGGAUAUCUGCCCAACACACCAGAGAUCAGACACUCUCCAUUCUCCAAGUCAUCAAAAGAUCAUCAGCCACAGUUGUGGUACUUUAUUGCUCUUUGCCGGAACUGAUCCCCUUUAUGAAAGUAGCAACUGAAGAAAAUAUAACUGGAAAGGUCUGGUUUGCCAGUGGCAGUGCUAUCACUUCUCCUAUAUUUUCCUAUAAAGAGUACUGGAGAACACUAAAUGGUACUAUUGGGCAAAAACUACCUUUAACAAUAAUCCCUGGAUUUGGAGAAUUUCUUUAUAGCAUUCACCCAUCUUUGUAUCCAAAUGAUAUUUUCAUGAAAUCAUUUUGGGAAGCAAGUUUUGGUUGUUUGUGGCACAAUGAAACACCAGUCAAUGGAACCACCUAUUGCACAGGGCAGGAAAAUCUUAAAACUCUAGAACACCAAGGAUAUAAUGAAGCAGCCUCUGUGUUUGCCAUCCUUGUCUAUAAUGCAGUUUAUACACUGGCCCACGGGAUCCACAAUAUGAUUUCCUGCAGACCUCAAUCCCCAUGUCUAACCAUAAGCAGACUGGACCCAUGGAAGAUUUUGCAGUAUGUAAAGCAAGUGAGGGUAAGAAACACAGCUGGCCAAGAGUUGUUCUUUGAUGAGAACGGGGACGUGAAUUCUUACCAUGAGUAUGUGAAUUGGCAAGCCCUUCCCAAUGGUGAAACCCAAUAUGUCAAUUUUGCAACAUUAAAAGAAUUUCCAGAGAGUCAUAUUGUUCUCAGUAACAACACAAUAUUCUGGAGUGGAGGUUACACAGAGGCACCAGAAUCCAUAUGCAGUGAGAGCUGCCCCCCAGGAUACAGAAAGGCCCCACAGAAGGGACAGCCUGCCUGCUGCUUCGACUGUAUCUUGUGCUCAGAAGAUGAGUUCAGCAAUCAAACCGAUUCCACAAGCUGUAUGAAAUGCCCUGAAGACAUGUGGGCAAAUGACAAACACAAUGGCUGCUGGAUGAAGAGCUUGGAAUUUCUGUCAUUCAGAGAAACCUUAGGGGGCACAUUAACUACUAUUUCUGUUCUAGGAUCUCUCUUUCCUCUCAGCAUCCUGGCAGUUUUUAUAAAAAAUGCAGAAACACCAGUUGUGAAAGCAAAUAACCGGAAUCUCAGUUACAUUCUCCUCCUUUCCCUGUGUUUCUGCUAUCUCUGUGCUUUAAUGUUCAUUGGCCGUCCCAUUACUAUAAACUGUAUUCUCAGGCAAUUUAUAUUUGGGAUCAGUUUUGUGAUGUGCAUUUCAUGUGUGUUGGGAAAGACAAUGAUGGUGGUGAUCGCCUUCAACCUCACCCAGCCAAGGAGCAGCAGGAGAAUGUGGUUGAAUUCUCGAGUAACGAACACCCUGGUGCUUGUGUGCACAGCUAUACAAGUGAUUAUAUGUGCUGGGUGGCUUGCACACUCUCCCCCUUUUCAAUACACUGACAAUAAAUCUAAGAUGGGCACCAUUAUUGUGGAAUGUAACAAGGGAUCACCAAUUGCUUAUUCAUGCACAAUGGGAUAUAUGGGGGUUUUAGCUUCUUUGUGUUUUGCCAUAGCUUAUUUGUCAAGAAAGUUGCCGGGCAGUUUCAAUGAGGCCAAACUGAUCACCUUUAGUAUGCUGAUAUUUGGAGCUGUUUGGAUCUCCUUCAUCCCAGCCUACCUCAGCACCACAGGGAAGUACAUGGUGGCAGUGGAGAUAUUUGCCAUGUUAUCUUCAAGCAGUGGAUUAGUAACAUGUAUAUUUUUACCCAAGGUUUAUGUUAUUAUUCUAAAACCAGAGAUGAAUAAAAAGGACAGAAAAAUGACUAGGAACAGUUACAUACACACUGAAAUAACCCAUUAA